AUGAGCUUCCAGACCGGAUCUACCAACACUGGCAAGGCCGCCUCGGCCUUCUCUGGCUCGACCCGCGAGUCGGGCAUCGACGGAAACACUUCUGGCGCUGCCGGCAGUCGCGGCGGUCCCGUCGAGGAGACCACCACGGCGCAGGAGAUGGGCAUCACGAUGGGAAAUGACGCUCGCAUCCGCACCUCUGAGCGCGAGUCGGACCACACUGAGCCCAAUGUUCUUCCCGGCGAGUCGAUAUCGACGGCGGGAGCAGGAGGAGACUACCGCCACCGCGAGGCUCAGUCGCACGAGAUGCGCGGCUUGAAGCAGCGUCUCGAGAACAACGAGGAGCGCAUGGACCGCGAGGCAGCAGGCUACGGUGAGCCCAUCAACCGCAACCGCCUGCCCGUCGACCGCUCGCACCCGACCUCGAGCAUCAACUAG